AUGUUCUUAGACCCAGAAAAAUAUAAUGGUGGUUCUGUAGUCUAUGGCAUUAUAUAAAAAAAAUUACAAUGAUUUUUGACAGUUAUUGGACUACACUUGGGUUAAUCUAAAAUCCAAAUAACACAAGCUUAAACCCAAGAGAGUAAUGGAUUAAUAUGGAUAUCUUACUUAGAGGCAAAUUUGGCCGGGUGGUCAUUACUUCCUAUACCAAAAAUCCGCUGAAAUAUGGGUCGCAGCGUAGAUUUCAAAGAGGUAUUUGCAGUCUGUGGGGCGGCAGAGCUGUGGAUAGAUCCAGACCAUUGUUUUAUCAGCAUUAUAGAUUUGAAAGGAGAGAAUAUGGAAUGUUCAUAGUUAGGGCACUUAGAGGUGUUCUUAAGAUUCGGUAUCUGUUAAUUGGUGGUGCCGUUGCUGGAGGAGGAGCAUUACAGAAGAAAUACAAUGAUUGGAAAGACGGAAUGCCUGAUUUGAAAUGGUUGGAAGAAGUUUUACCAGACAAUGAGAAAUGGCAAGAAUGGCGAGGAAAUUUAAUUGAAUUUAAAGAUAGUAUUAAAGACAACAUUGAACUAGACCCUAGGAUAAAAUCCUUAUCAGAGGCAAAAUACAAUCAGUUUAGAAAUUGGUUUGAUCAAAGACUGGAUGAUGCUAUUGCUGCAGCUGAAAAAGCUGAGAAUUCCACACUAUCUACUGGUGUUAUGAUCUCCAUUUUGAACGCUGCAGAUAGAAUGUACUCAGAAGUCAAAAAUGAAAUUCAAGAGAGAGCUGUUGUCUAUGCAAAACCUUUUGGUCGCCAUGAAAAUGAGGAAGAUAGGAUUAGAAAAGAGGCACAAAACAGAUUAAAUGAGAUACAAGAUGAAAUGAUGCAAACCCAAAUCAAAUACCAGAAGGAACUGGAAAAAUUAGAAAAGGAAAACAAAGAGCUCCGGAAGCAAAAUCUGUUGCUAAAACAGGGCAGGAAACCAAACACACGCAAAGUGAAAAGGAGCCUGAUUGAUAUGUACAGUGAGGUGUUGGAUGAACUGGCCGAUUUUGACAGUAACUACAACACUCAAGAUCAAUUGCCUAGGGUAGUUGUUGUCGGGGAUCAGAGUAGCGGAAAAACUUCUGUUUUGGAAAUGAUUGCUCAAGCCAGAAUAUUUCCAAGGGGUGCUGGAGAAAUGAUGACAAGAGCACCUGUCAAAGUGACACUAUCUGAAGGUCCCUACCAUGUAGCACAAUUUCGCGAUUCAUCACGCGAGUUCGAUUUAACCAAAGAAAGUGAUUUGGCAGAUUUGAGAAAAGAAGUCGAGCUGCGUAUGAGAAACAGUGUUAAAGGGGGAAAAACCGUUUCUAGUGAAGUUAUUUCUAUGACCGUAAAAGGUCCCGGGUUGCAGAGGAUGGUACUAGUAGAUUUACCAGGAAUAAUUUCAACCCAAACCACCGACAUGGCUGGGGAUACCAGGGAAAGCAUUAGGCAAAUGACGCAGGCUUACAUGACUAAUCCAAACGCUAUUAUUUUGUGUAUUCAAGAUGGUUCUGUGGAUGCAGAAAGAAGCAAUGUUACAGAUUUAGUGGCCAAUUGCGAUCCUUCUGGUAAAAGAACUAUUUUUGUUCUGACCAAAGUGGACAUGGCUGAAGAAAAUUUGGCCGACCCCAACAGGAUACGGAAGAUACUUUCAGGUAAACUGUUCCCGAUGAAAGCGCUUGGGUAUUUCGCUGUCGUGACCGGCAGGGGGCGCAAAGAUGACUCGAUUGACACAAUCAAGGACUACGAGGAGAACUUCUUCAGGAACUCAAAAUUAUUUAAGGAUGGGCAAAUUCGGUCGACGCAAGUAACAACGCGAAAUCUAAGUCUAGCGGUCGCAGACUGUUUUUGGAAGAUGGUCAGGGAAACUGUUGAGCAGCAGGCGGACUCAUUUAAAGCGAGACGGUUCAAUCUGGAAACGGAAUGGAAGAACAAUUUUCCGAGGUUACGCGAACAGGACCGAGACGAAUUAUUUGAACGCGCCCGUGGGGAAAUUCUAGACGAAAUCGUAAACUUGUCUCAGGUCAGUCCGAGAGACUGGGAGGACCAUUUGCUCUGCAGUAUAUGGGACAAGAUUUCCAACCACGUGUUUGAGAACGUAUACAUUCCCGCAGCACAAACCGGUUCUUCAGAAACUUUUAACACCGCGGUCGAUAUUAAAUUACGUCAGUGGGCCGAAUCGAGCCUGCCAUUUGAAUCGGUCGAGUCUGGCUGGCAAAGCCUGCGAUCCGAAUUCGAGAAGUUUAUGCAAAAAAGGUCCCAGGCUCCCGAUCAUGACAACAUUUUCGAUCAGCUCAAGGAGGCGGUGGUUAAUGAGGCGAUGCGGAGGCAUAAGUGGGAAGACAAAGCCUCCGACAUGUUGAGGGUCAUUCAGCUGAACAUUCUGGAAGAUAGGACCAUCAGCGACAAACGCGACUGGGAUCUCGCGGUAAAGUUUCUAGAAAACAGCGUGAAGGAGAAACUCAAAGAGAGCGAAAAGAAUCUGAAGAAGUUACUGGGUCCAUCGGCCAAAGAGAGAUGGCUUUAUUGGCAGUACCAGUCGGAGGAUGAGUUGAAACGUAAUUACGUCAAGGGCGAGUUGGACAAAGUUUUAUACUCAAACGAGAAACACCCGCCACAACUCUCAUACGAUGAGCUGACGACCAUCAGGAACAAUCUCCAGCUGAAAAGUGUAGAAGUAGAUAACGAAUUCAUCAGGGAACUGUGGGACGCGGUGUACCGGAAAUAUUUUCUUACCCAAUCGCUGAGCAAGGCGUACGACUGUCGGAAGGCAUUUUAUUUAUACCAUCAGCAAAUGGACGUGGACUGCGCAGAGGUAGUUUUAUUCCACAGGAUACAGCAGAUGAUGAAAGUGACCGCUAACGCACUUAGACAACAAAUUACCAAUCGGGAAGCGAGGAGAUUAGAUAAGGAAAUUCGGGAGGUUUUAGAAGAUUACAGUCAAGACCAAAGUAAAAAGGUGGAACUAUUGACCGGAAGGCGGGUUACAUUGGCAGAAGAAUUGAAACGGGUACGUCAAAUACAAGAAAAACUUGAGGAAUUCAUACAAGCUCUGAACAGCGAAAAGUGAACGUCUAGUCACAUAAGUUCAAAAAAUGUAUUUGAAAAAGAAGUUUUUAGCAACAUUGAAUUGUUCAAAAUGAAA